AUGGCAGACCCGCAAGGGGAUUUUUCUUCAACAGCUUCAACAACAGGGUGCAACACCAUCUGGGACGAACGACCCUAUGAUGGUGGUGUCUGCUCUCGCGGGCUGAUGCAAUAUCUAUACCAUCAGCGUCAAAGACCUGCAGAUAAUAGCAUUGCUUAUUGGAGGAAGUUCGUUUCAGAAUAUUACUCUCCCCGUGCUAAAAAGAGGUGGUGUUUGUCUCUAUAUGACAAUGUUGGGCACCAUACGUUAUGGGUAUUUCCCCAGGAUGCAUGGCAAUGUGAUAUUUGUGGUUCAAAAUCUGGAAGAGGUUUUGGUCAUUUCAGGCUCCUGCUGGUGCCAUUGACUCUUGUGCUGACCAUCUUUGUGUUUUGGCAUGUUUAUCUUAUUCUGCAAAACAAGACCACAAUAGAGUACCAUGAAGGUGUGAGAGCUAUGUGGCUUGCUGAAAAAGGAGGUUAUCUAUAUUCACAUCCAUAUGAUCUUGAUGCUUAUGAGAAUAUGAUAUCAGUUUUAGGACCAAAUAUCUUUUGCUGGGUAUAUCCCACCUCAGAGCAGAUUGGUUCUGACCUUCGUUUCCACGCGGGAGUUGAUAAGUUAGCAGGGAUAUCAUUUUAGACGUAUGUAGAGCUUGGAGUUUCAAUGAUUUUGUACUGCUGGUAGUAUUGGAGAAAAGGCAGCAGGUCCUAUAUCAUUCAUUGAUGAUAAUCAAAUUCUGGUGCACGCGUGCUUUCUUUUUGGAAAUACAACCAUUAAAAAAAGUUUUGUCUUGUGUAGCUCCUCCUUACACUCCACGUUGUUGCAGAAGUAGUCAAUGUUGACUAGACUUCUGAAGCAGUCAGAUGUAAAAUAGGACCCUCCUUCUUAUAACUCUUUUUUUUUUUUAAAAGUACAGUCCCCAUACAAUCAUGUACAAAUGACAGAGUUCCAGGCUAACUCACAGCAACUUCAAGUAGAAGAGAUAGGCCAAAAAUUGUAACUUAAAGAUGUUGUAAUGUUGUGACUCUCAGGAAGUGUAUGAACCAUAAUUGAUUUAAUUGAUGUUUCGAU